AUGGCCGAAACAAAGAUGGAAAAGUUAAUUAAAAAGCGUGCUGGUAUUAAAGCAAAAUUAACCAUCUUCUCUAAUUUUAUUAAUAAUAUACUACCUUCAAAGGAACUAAGCAGUGUACAAUUGUUAGAUUUAGAAGGAAGACUUAGUAAAUUCGAUACUUUAUAUACUGUUUUCGACCAGUUACAGUGUGACAUUGAAAUGUUAUCGGAUAAUUUGGAGAAUGAGUGCCAGGAACGCGAAUACUUUGAAAAUCAGUAUCACGAGCUUAUUGCUAAGGCCCGUGGUUUACUUGGUGAGCAGCCCUCUCAUCGGCGCGAGCUUCAGGAUGGUUCCGUGGCGAGUUUCGAGGAUGUAAAGGCAGGUGGUUCCAAAUUUAACUGUGUUAGAUUACCAAAAAUUUCAAUACCCACUUUUCAUGGUCACUAUCAACACUGGCUGGAAUAUAGGGACACAUUUAUAUCUUUAAUCCACUCAAGGUCUGAUAUAGAUGACAUUAAUAAAUUGCAUUAUCUGCGUGCGUCUUUAAAAGAUAGUGCUUUAUUGGUUAUUGAUAGUUUAGAUGUAAAAGGCGAUAAUUAUGCGAACGCUUGGAAAUUAUUAUGUAGUAGGUAUGACAACAAAAGAUUACUUGUAAACAAUCAUGUACAGGCUUUAUUUAACGUAGAACAAAUACAAAAAGAAUCUUCUCAGUCUAUUCGUCACCUCAUAGACAUCACAAAUAAAAAUUUACGUGCUCUGUCAACAUUAGACCAGCCCACUCAGUAUUGGGACACCUUAAUCAUUCAUAUGAUGGCUGAUAAGCUCGAUACAACUACUCGUAGGGAAUGGGAAACACAUAGAAAUUCCCUGAAUAAUCCACCGCCACUUGAUAUUUUUAUGACAUUCCUUAGCAAUAGAGCAGAUUUAUUAGAAACAUUACAAGAAAUUAACUACUCCUCCACUCGUCUUGCUUUCCACAGCGCGAGUGAAGGUGGACGACAGCAAGGGCGUCGAGCACUUAGCCAGAGUAUUGCUAGAUAA